AUGGCCCAAUUUACACACCUGUUUAACAUAUGGGAUAUUAUAGACAUCGAAAUUUAUGAGCGACCUGAUGCGAACUUCAAGUCCAACUAUAUAUUAACAAUCCCGGAGGAGUCCAAGACGUUUGGCAAGGGAAACAACAACGAGGAGGAGGAAGUUCAAACCGGUGUGAAGGCAAACCCAAAUGGGGAAACGAAAUUGAGGCUAAACAAUGGCCGUGUGGAAAGUAAGUCAUGUAAGGCGCGUAUUGCCUCCCCCACAGAGGAUACAACCGAGAAAAGUAAAAAGAGAAACACUGUAGUGACCUUUAUCGGGCACAUCAACCAUGGGAAAACGUCGCUCUUCGAUUACAUAUGCAAAACGAAGGAGAGGGAAAAGGAAAAAGGACUCAUAACCCAAAAUAUAAGAGCCUUUAAAGUGAAAUCGAGAAGCAAUGACUUCACAUUUACACUCAUUGAUACCCCAGGACAUGAAGCCUUUAUGCCAAUUAGAAGCAGAGGAGUGAAGAUAUCAGAUCUGAGUAUUUUAGUUAUUUCUGGAGAGGAAGGAAUACAAGAGCAGACAGUGGAGUGUAUCAAACUGAUUAAAGAACAUCACAUCCGAAUUAUAAUCGCAGUUACAAAGAUGGACUUACCAAACGUUUCGGUAGAUCGAAUAGUUAAUGACUUAUUGCAUCAUGAGAUAUACACAGAAAUGAAUGGUGGUGAUGUGCAGGUGGUUCCUUGUUCCAUUUUGAAUGGGGAUUCUAUAGACAAACUGAUAGAUGCAAUAUAUUUAGAGUCCGCAUUUUUGGAGUUACCAUUAGAGGAGAGUAAAAAUGGCGAGGGAGUUAUCCUAGACUCGUACAUUGACAAGAAUGGAAUUGUAUCGAUUAAUUUAGUUCAGAGUGGGACUCUCCGAGUGAAUGAUUAUUUCUACACAGGAUCAUCCUACGGUAAGGUGAAGAUAAUGAAGGAUCACCUUAACAAGAAUGUAAAAUCUGCAUGUGCCUCCGACCCAGUGAUGGUGGUAGGUUACGAAAAGAAUUCCGUGCCUAUCGCAGGAGACAGAUUUUAUGUCGUACAGAACGAGGCAGUCGCGGAGGAAAUUGCACAGCACCACAAGAAUGAGUUGCUGGCUUCACAAAUGAGGGGCUUUACCUACGGGCAGGAGGAGGGAAGCCUGGAUCGCUACCGUGAAUACAUCAUUAGGGAUGGUGCAGUAAGUCCCGAUGAGGAUCCAAAACAAAAUGGGGGAAAAAAAAACCCAGAGUUGGAAGAAGCCCCCCAAGUGGAAGGUCACCCAGGAGAGAUCCCCAAAGUGGAAGGUCACCCAGGAGAGACCCCCCAAAUGGAAGGUGACCCAGGAGAGACCCCCAAUGUGGAAGGCCACCCAGGAGAGACCCCCCCACAGGGAAGCAACAACGAAAGGGAGGCUAACACUUUUCGAGAAAAAGACCCCAAGACAGUGUACGUGAAUUACUUCAUCAAAUGCGAUAAGCAAGGGACAGUAGAUGUUUUAAAAAAUUGUCUCUUAAAAUUAGAAGUGAAGGAUACACUACACCGAGUUCGAAACAAAAUUGUGUAUGCCAGUAUAGGAGACAUCACUGUUAGUGACAUUACUUAUGCUCAGAGUUUCAACGCCAUCAUUGUUGGGUUUAAUGUUAAGCUAUCCAAGAGCUGCCCGAAAAAUACGAAACAUAUGUUGAGCGCUGCAAAAUCUAACUGCCGAAUUAUCUAUGUGAAUGUGUUGUAUGAUCUUAUUGAACAGGUGGAGAAUGUAAUGAAGGAGAAACUGAGUUCCAAGCCGAGGGGUACUUACAAAGGACAAGCAACCAUUUUGAAAGUUUUUAGUGUCUCCAAGCUGGGGAAGGUAGCUGGGUGUGUCGUGAACAGUGGCACCAUUAACAACAACAGCAAUGUGAGGAUUUUGAGGAAGGACCAAGUCAUCCAUAUUGGAAAGAUCGUGUCGCUUAAGAUUGCCAAGGAGGAGAAGGGGCAAGUCAGGCAGGGCGAUGAAUGCGGCAUGGGCUUUGAGAACUUCGUGGAUUUUCUCCCGGGGGACUCGGUGGAGUCGUACGAGGAGUAG